AUGUCUGCCACGAAGACUCCAGGGGAUGAGAACUCGUCCCCGCAAACAUCCUCCAUUUCUCAAUCCACCAGCACACAGGCCGCCGAUUCUCUUGGUAGCACAGCGUCUUCAACCUCCAGUCCCACCCUACCAUCCGCAGCGAAGGGUUCUGGACUUUCAUCAGGCGCAAUUGCUGGCAUCGCUAUUGCAUGCCUUUCAUCCACACCACAGCACACGGAAGUCGAUGAAUACACGGUAGCAUAUCAGGAAAAGGGAUUCUCUCCCAAAGCCAUCUCAGCCAGUAGAGGAAUCACGCCGAACGAAAUAUGUUCACAGCCCUUGGAAGAUGGAGCCAUAACCGGGGACAUUUGCAAGAUCAGCAACGCUAUCAAGAAUCAUGUGCAAAGCUACUAUCACCUCAAUCGCGUCGGCUCCGGAUUGAUUGAUAACGAAGACCUUCACGCACUUGGAGCGAGUCUGAUGGUUUCUGUGGAAACACUCGCUUCCUUGAUGGGCAACGCUGCAACAAGAGAGAUUGCACUUCGAUUUGUCAUUGCCUGGGUUAUAAUAUCGAAGAUGCAGCUGUCCAAGGACUCUUCGAAGAGCUUUCUUCCAGCCGAGAUAGCCCGAUGUUACGAAGCAAUCAUCGGUGAGCAACAAGAACACCACGAUCCGCCACUAGUAACCAAAUGGAGAGUGAUAACAGCUGGAUUGAUGAACUCCAACUACGCUCACACCGCUAUCGAUGUUUCUGACAGCCGCUACGCGAGCAUACAAGCCUCCCUCGUGAUGCUGGAUAGGGUUCUACAGCCGUAUGCCGACCUUCGGAUGAAGAAUGAAGAACGUAAACGGAACCUUGAAGAGGUUUUGAAGCGCUCAGCGUCAUUCGCAUACACGCUGUUUUCUCAGCCUAGCACAUGGAAAUUCGAGUGGCAGAAGGGACAAGGUGUCACGUCAGGGGAGCUAUGCGUUUUCCCCGCUCUAGUGCAAGUUGCAGACGAAACGGGUCAACAAAUCAACCCACCACGCCCAUUCAGUGAGGCUAUUGUCAGGCGUUUAGACACCUGA